AUGCACGAACGUGCCACUCUCCAUCUGCCACAUCCACAAAACGCCGAGUCUACCCUGAAACUGCCCAGAGAGGCAAUAAUCCUUUGUUGCCUGUCGCCCGCGGCGGGACGAGAAGCGGCGUGCCAAAUUCCCCUUCCCCCCUCUUCUCUUUCUCUCCUCACCUUCUCAUACCUUCCCAAAGUCAGCUAUAACCUCAAAAGCUCCCCAUCUUUACGCGCAAGCUUUCCUCGCCUCUGGCGUUACCCACUCAACCCCACCCUCGUGUUACCAAACCUACACUUGCUCAACUCGCAUCUUCAAAAUGUCUCGUUCGGCCUAAAUACCCGUUCCUUUACCCAGGAGUUACCAAGUCAAACUACCCAACGUUCCCAAACCCCUUAUAACCCCCCUUUUACCUACCCAGUUCUUCACGAGCCCACUCAGGCUCGUCUUAACUCGACCCAUCAUGGCGUCCUCUACUACCCAAGCGAUCUUCCGGCCCAAAUCAACCACCGCCUCCCCAGCGCAGCUCCUCCAGAGCCAACAACUCGGUACCGCCCGGUGUCGACCCUGUCCGUGUCAAAUCCUCACGUAGGCAACUCGUAUCUGCCUACGGGCCAAGAGUCGGACUCUACUAGUCCUCGACAAGCAAACAACAAGACUUCCCUCCCACUCCCACGGGUCCUCCCACCCCCGCCUACCCGCAAACGCGCCCUCCCUUCGGAGCCCAGCCUAGCCAACAAGCAACAAAAGACGUCGAUCGUUCGUCAACCCCUCCCCACCGACCUCCCCAUCCAGCCUCCCCCGCCGGACGUCAACGUCUCGGUCACCCCUCCUACCCCUACCGCCAUACUCCUGCCCGACAUUCUCGCCUCGGACAACUUCACAGACCCCCUCGCUGAUCUCGACGCGUUCUUCACACAGAUGGACGCCGAGAUCACCGACAUGGGGGUCCCUGCUUGGAGCUUUGACGACUUGUUCGUCGAGGAUGCCUUUGCAGCGCUCGGUGACGAGCAAGUCGUCACGGAGCAGACCAUCUUCCUCCCUCAUCUCCCGCAGAAGGGUUCGCCCGCCCCGUCCACCGAGUCGGAGCAGUCCCUAGCUCUUGACGUCGUUGACGGCCAAGACAUCUUUGACUUCUCCACCCCGGUCAUCGGUCUCAUGCACUCGGCUACCGACGUGCUUCCCCCUCCCUACCAAGUCCCUUCUCCCGACCAGCGCGGCGUCGACGAUGCGACCAUGCAGCAGACCUUCGGUGCUGGCUAUGGCUCGUUCGGAGACAUUGCACAAUUCGGCGGCGACGCCAACACCCUCGGUAUGGGUCCGGACUUCAUCUCCAAGCUCACGUCGGACUCCCUCCCCCAGUCUGCCGUCAACAUCAACAUCACCCCUUCCAUCGAGGCCAUGCUCGCGACCACCGACUGGUCAGCGUCCUUCUCGGUCAUCCCCACAGCGAUCGCGCCAGCCGACCUCGUCAUGCCCUCCCCCUCCCUCAAGCGCAAAGACUCGUCGUCCAGCGACGAGCCUGAGCCUGCGUCCGACCAACCCGCCAAGCGCCCUCGCGGUCGGCCACCCAAGGGUCGCACUUCGGGUACUGCUUCUCCCCUAUCCACCCGCCAAUCCAAAAUCCCCUCCCCCGUCGGUACCCCCCUCAUCGCCACCGUCUCCCUCGACGAUGUCGAGGAGCCACCCAAGCGUACCGCCUCGGGCAAGCCUUCGACCGCACGUCCCAAGUCGGUCGUCCCCGAGAAGUACUUCAAGGACGGGUCAGCCUUUGCCAUCACCGGGAUGACGAUGGAGCAGAUCCUCUCCUUCCCCACGUUCGACGAGCUCCUCAAGCAAGUCGCGGUCGACAAGCGCGACGGCGCUCGGGAGUUUGGCGAGCGUAUCGCCGACCAGCGAGACAAGGCCAAGGACGCGGCCAAAAAGUCGCGAGACGAGAAGCGGCAAAAGAUUGAGCAGCUCGAGGGCCAGGUGGACGGCCUCGAGGAUCAAGUGGCCAAGAUGAGGGUUUACCUGCAGAGUCUGCUCGGGAGCGGGCGGGUGUCGCACGUCGAGGUGGCGGCGUAUCUGUAG